AAAGCCAAGAAUCUCCCCCCUCUACCUCUUGAUUUUUAUCUCACCCUGAUUAUAUUGUAUUAUCUUCCAUUCAAAUUAGAAGAAGGGAUGGUGUUCCCCAUGGUUCUCCUCAAGCUAGCAGACUGGUUGGUCUACCAGCUCCUAGCCAACUCAUGUUACAGAGCUGCCAGGAAGAUGAGAAAGUACUCUACAUUCUUCUUCACAAACCCAACUCUCACCUCACCAUCCCAGCAGCAGCAGCAGCAGCAGCAGCAGCAACAGCAGCAGACUUCUGUUUCUUUCUUUCCUAGUUUGACCCAGAUUGAUUUAAAGGGUAGAGAGUUUGACACGAUGGUCUGUGACAUCCAUGGCGGUUUAUUGACUUCUUACUACUCUUUCUUCCCUUACUUCAUGCUAGUUGCUUUCGAGGGUGGUAGCAUUUUCAGAGCGUUUCUUCUGUUAUUGUCUUCUCCCAUUUUGUGGGUUUUGGACUAUGAACUUGGUUUGAAACUCAUGAUAUUCAUCUCCUUUUGUGGGCUUAAGAUUAAGGAUAUGAAGAAUGUCAGCAGAGCUGUUCUUCCCAAGUUUUAUCUUGAGAAUCUCAAUCUUCAUGCCUAUGAAGUUUUAUCUUCAACUGGGUUUAAAGUUAUCUUCACCAGCAUACCCAGAGUUAUGGUUGAAGGCUUUCUUAAGGAAUAUUUGAGCGUUAAUGGCGUUUUUGGGACUGAAUUGCAAACUCGGGGUGAGUACUAUACUGGGUUGGUUUCGGGCUCUGGUCUGCUUGUCAAGCAUAGAGCUCUUAAAGAAUAUUUUGGAGAGAAGAAACCAGAUAUUGGCCUUGGAAGCUCAAGUCUUCGUGACCAUCUCUUCAUCUCCCUCUGCAAGGAAGGUUAUGUGAUAUCCAAGGAUGAACUUGGGUUAAAGAUGCCAAGAAACAGAUAUCCAAAACCUCUAAUAUUCCAUGAUGGAAGACUAGCUUUCUUCCCCACUCCCUCUGCAACUCUUGCCAUGUUCAUGUGGCUUCCACUUGGAAUAAUCCUAAGCAUUUUCAGACUCUCUUCAGGCAUUCUUCUUCCUUACAAGUUAGGCCUCUUGUUGGGUACAUGGAGUGGUGUAGACCUAAAAGUAAAAGGCCAGAUUCCUCCCUCAAUGGCCACCCAUAAAAAAGGAGUUCUUUACGUAUGCUCCCACAGGACUCUCCUUGACCCAGUCUUCCUCAGCACAGCACUGGCAAAACCCUUAACAGCAGUCACUUACAGUCUCAGCAAAAUGUCUGAACUCAUAGCUCCCAUCAAAACUGUAAGACUCAAAAGAGACAGAACCAAAGAUGGGGAAACCAUGCAGAGAUUAUUAGCUGAAGGAGAUCUGGUCGUAUGUCCAGAAGGAACCACAUGUAGAGAGCCAUACUUGUUGAGAUUCAGCUCUUUGUUUGCAGAGUUAGCAGAUGAGAUAGUGCCAGUAGCCAUGAACGCACAUGUAAGCAUGUUUUACGGGACAACAGCUAGUGGGUUGAAAUGUCUGGAUCCAAUAUUUUUUCUGAUGAACCCCAGACCCAGUUACCAUAUUCAGAUUCUGAGUAAGUUAAAGGUAGAAGAGACGUGCGCUGGAGGAAGAUGUAGCUUUGAAGUGGCCAAUCUUUUACAGAAACAGCUGGCUGAUGCUUUGGGAUUUGAGUGCACUAGUCUUACAAGGAGGGAUAAGUAUAUGAUGUUGGUGGGUAAUGAAGGAAAUGUCAAUUAUCAUUAACAUUACAUAAGAACAAUUCGUUUGACAUUUCAAUACGUAUAUUAUAUGUAUAAGUGUGUGUAUAUGCAUAAUAUGUUUGUAUUUGUACCUUUGACUUUGUCUUCUUCUUUUGGUUUGAAAUAUCAGAAGGAAAUGGAGUUAUGAAGAAAGGGCCAAAUAGAUCAAUUACCGAGACCAUUUACUUUGUUGUUGCAGUACUAUUCUUGCCAAGAGGAAAAUAAUUAUUGCUGAUGGCCAAUUGAAGUUAAAUUAUUACUGCUGUGGGACACCAAAAAUUGAAUUUAUUACUGUGGAUGAGGAGGAAUGUGAAUUUGGUAGGUGGAGAAGUUAAAUAGGGUUUGUUGGUAAAUUUAAUUAUCAAAAGGGUUAUUUAAUUUACUGCAAUUAAUAGCAGAAGAUCAUUGAAGCUCCCCCUUC